UAUGUGCUUUGCUAGCAUGGCCUCGGAAUCUUCCUGGGUAUGUGGAAUUCUAUUGGCAUCAUCUUCACUUCUUCCUCAAUAGCAUUCAACAUCCGGCUUUAUUAAAACCAUUGUCAUGGAGUAUCUGAACUCCUCGUUCGACACAGAUUUUGAGCUGCCCCAAGAGGAACCAUCGCUUGGAAAGGAGAGUACUCUUCCGAGAAUUCGGGGCCUCAUUACACACCAGGAGGUACGCAAUAUCGGGUUUCAGGCAAAACUCGACCGCGUCCAAUACGGAUCCUACAAGAAGCAGCGCGCUUGUCUUCUCUCAUUCCAAUUCUCAUUCUUCUGGCCGCGAAACACCAACAUACGCUUCAAGUCCGCAAAUAUUACCAUUUUUUUUGAUAAGAUCGCUACACUCGCUUCUGUCGCUGCCUGCGAGCUCCAAGAAGAUGAAGACGAAGACAAUGAUGAAGAAGAUAGCAUUGAAAAUAUCCCUCACAUCAUUUGUCUUUUCCCUGACCGGAUCUAUGGCGAAUCCCAAAGCAAGUCUAUUGAGUCAAGCUCAGGCCUAAAGGUGUCGGUCGGUGUUCCAGUUCCCUCACCAGCAUCGGCAGGCUUAGAGAUGACUUAUGACGGGAAAGUCACACACAGCUUGGACCGGCGGAUGAGCAUUGAAGCUCGAAUGAAGAGUUCGGUAUAUAAAUUUGACAGCAUGGACACUGCAAUUUGGUCGAUCGCGGAAAAUAGCAUCCAGUGCAUCGGCAUUCCCUUUGAUAUCCAGGCCGGCCUCGUGCUGCGCUGGCCUGUGUCAGGAGGCCAUGUCCGUGCAAGCAUCAUCGUGGAGCCUGAGAUGGCAUACCCGAUUUAUAAGCCCUGGCAGGCCAUGACAGCCCACAAAUUGCGCCAGCGGUGUAGAAAUCCUAUCGUCUUCGAUGGGGAGACGGCCAAGAAUGAUCCCAUCGGAGGUGGCAAGGAUUUUGGGGACGAAUCCUUCGACUGGACUCAAGUCGUCAGCAAUCCAUCUGAAUACUCUCAAAGCUACGUACGAUUUAGUUGAGUGUAGGACGAGGAAAUUUCCGGACCUAUGAAAUCAAGAUGACAACGGUAGACCGACCUCGUUCUUCGCCAGGUUAAGUUUGGCAUAUGUGGGUAGUUAGGUUCACGCUUUUUUCAGCUUAACAAGAUA